AAGUAGUGAAAGAAUCAGAUCGGUAUAUAAAGCGAACUUUCCUUAACCGAACCAUCAGUUGAUUCACUCAUCUUAAGCUUUACACAACUUACCCAAGCAAGUUACAAUGAAUUACUUUUUGUAUGUAUCAUUCUUAGUGGCUCUCGCAACCGUAAAUGCCGGUUACGCAGGCAGUUACGGAGGUCAUGAAGGCUAUGGUGGAGACCACGGCGGCCAUGAUAUUUCCCACACGGUGGAAAUUACCAAACACGUGCCAAUUCCUGUCUACAAACACGAAGCAGUACCAAUUCCCCACACCAUUCCAGUUCCAGUGCCAAAACCAGUAGCAGUACCAGUACCACAACCUUACCCCGUCCACAUCAAAGUUCCCCAACCUAUUGCCGUACCUGUCAUCAAAACCAUCACCAUUCCCGUAGAGAAACCAGUACCUUACAAGGUUGAAAAGGAAAUCCCAUACCACGUUGAGAAACCAGUACCAGUUCCAGUAGAAAAACACGUACCCAUCAGAAUCCCCAAGCCAGUACCCGUCAAAGUUCCAGUUUACAAAGUUGUGUACCACCAUAGCAAACACUAAGUGGAAGACGCAAGACUGAUACAAUUUCAUCUCUUUCAUCUUAUCUACUUCAUUUCAUCUUAGUCACUUGUUAUUGUUGCCUUGUUAAUUUUUUAUUGUUAAAUCUUAUUGUUGAAUAGAUUUAUAAUUUUUUAAA